CCCCCCCCCACCAAGUAAAGGGAACAGAAGGAGAAAGAGAACAGAGGAUUGUUCUGCUUAUCCAGGAGAAUUAAGAAGAAACCAGAAAAGGGUCUCUCAGUGAGUGUCCCUUUCUCACGUGGUCUGAAAAACCAGCGGGUGGCCAGCAUCAGCAUGAACUCCCUGGGUACCCACUCCUCCAACACCCUGCCCAUGGACAACACCAUGGCCAUGAAAAGACGGGCACCCAUGCCCCCCAUGGCAGGCUCCCAAAGCGCCCCUGCUAACCUCAACGUCCAGCCGUUGACCUCUAGGAAGAAGAGGAGAGCCCCCACGCCUCCUCCCUGUGCCCCCCCACCAUCAUCCUCCUGUGUUAACACCCACAAUGGAUCACCCCUGAGAUCAAAGGGAAUGGACAGUCACUUCACACACUGGAGGAGGUGAUGGGAGAGUGUGAGGGGGACCUGGACUCCCCAUCCUCAUCCCCAAACAUCUCCAGGCCUUUGAGUCAGCCUCGAGUGUCCCCCACUCCCCCUUCUACCCCCUCCACUACCUCUAGCACCUUUCCACCCUCCAAUCCCUACCAUCCCUCUCCUUGCUGCUCUCCCUCCCCUGCCACCCUAGGGGAGAUACUAACCCCUUUCCUGCUUUGUCAAACCCGGGCCAACCUCAAGCAUCCUUUGUUCCCAACCCCAAGACCCGUCAACUCCACCAAUGGAGGCUCACCUGGGUCCUUGACACCGUCAGGUGGAAGUAAGGGACUCAGUCCCCCCCCUCAAGACCAAGGACCCUGGUGAAGCUUGUCGGAGUCCCAGUCUGAGGGAGGGGAUGACCACAUUUACCGUGGUGCCCCUAGGGCCGUCCCUGAAGGAGCAGAGAGGCUUGGAGGUGGACCUGACCCUGGCGAAGACCCAGGCCUUAGACCCAGCACAAACCAUUGAUAUACGUGCCUGCAGCCCUGGCCAGGAAAACUGCCAUUCCCUCCUGCUUUACCCAGGCUGUGGCUCUAGCCGCCCAUAAGUCCCAGUCCUCCUGUCCUCGAAGGCCAGCACCAGACUUGCUUCCCUCCCUCUCCGGCUCCUCACCCUCCACUGCUUUACUGCUAACCAAUGCGGUGAGUGAUGAUUUUGACCUGCACUGACACAGUGAUGACAUGCACAUUUUGCCAUUGUAGCAACUGGAUUGGACUCCAAACUGAACCAUUGGUUACCCCUAUCAUACUACAAUGUGCUUCCUUCUAUACAUAAAGUUGUCAUUCUUAACUUUCAUGAUCUCUCUGUGAACCUCACAUGUUCCACAGGUGAACUCUUUACACCAGUGGAGGCUGGUGGGAGGAGCCAUAGGAGGACGGGCUCAUUGGAAUGGCUGGAAUGGAAUAAAUGGAACAGAGUGAAACAGGGUUUCUAUGUGUUGGAUACCCUUCCAUUCCAGACAUUCCAAUGAGCCUGCCCUCAUACAGCUCACCCCACCAGCCUCAUACAGCUCACCCCACCAGCCUCAUACAGCUCACCCCACCAGCCUCAUACAGCUCACCCCACCAGCCUCAUACAGCUCACCCCACCAGCCUCAUACAGCUCACCCCACCAGCCUCAUACAGCUCACCCCACCAGCCUCCACUGCAUUACACAGGAAAGAAGGGAAGGGCAUAUCUUUAUGGAAGUGUGUACAUUCUACAGUGUCAUUUUUUAUUUUUUUUCUCUCUCUCUGGAAAGACGCCAUUUGUUACAUUAAAUGGCGACAUAUGCCUUUCUAAACAAUCCUGGCAGGCUGGUAUUCUUCUGAGACACCUUAGUGUUUGUCUGUUAUCUUCAUGUGUUUGUGCAAAAGGUGGUAUAUGGCCCUGUAGAAUACAUCUAUGGACAUGCUCACACUCUGUGUGACCUGGUGGAGGAAAGACCUCAUCUAAACGGAUGAUAUUCGUGUCUCUUGUCCUACAGGGGCCAUAAUGGCUUCAGAGUAAAUCUGUGAAAUGGAAGUUUCUGUUUAGGGUGAGGCAACUGCAGUGAAGUAGAGCCGGCCACCACAUAGUCACAUGACCUCCAAACGGACCCCACUUAGAGGUCGACUGACAAAUUCCAAUGAAGCCCAGGCCCCUGUUUUGCACUGGGAGUCAGCGCGUUAUUAAAACAACAUUUAUCCAGGACUUCAUCCAAGAGUUUGAUUAGUGUACAGGUCAUUUUAUGUUCACUGAAUGUUUGUUUUUGUAUCAUGCUACCUGAAUUAAUUGGAGGCAGUGCUGCCUUUUCGUUAUGUUAUUACGAUUUCUGACUUUUAUGCAAAGAUGUAUUUAUUUGACCUUGGUAGUACAGUAUUUAUGGGCUCUGCAUUUUUGUACUUGGAGUUUCCUGCUGACUCGUUAGUGUUGAAAUGUGCCAAAACCGAGAUUAAAUAUUACGUAAUCUCUCCUCACCAUCUCUUUUUGUUUGCCAAGGACAGAACUCUGAAAUAAGCCGAAUUAAAAUGUUACAUUUCAUUCUGUACAUAUCACACCUUUCUGAGUGAAUUAUUCUAUAUAUUUUUUCCCAGACAUGUAAAAUGACUAUAAGUAAAUGAUAUGCCUUAAUCAACUAGUGUGUUGCUUUCUUUUGCCACUGGAGGGCAGGAGCACACCUCACAAAUAUCUCAUGCACAGAACCACUGAGUGGGCUGUUUUGUGAUCCACACUUGAUCAAUUAUUAGCAUUGACAUAUCCAGAUACUAAAGAAGAGCAUCAAUUAUCGUUCAUCUUCUUUUGUCUUUAAUGGUUAUACUUUUUUUACUGUUUUUUUUUUAAUGCAUUAGUGUUUUUAUUUCAAGCCUUGUUAUCUUUUCAAUUAUGAAGUUAUGGUUGGUAUUUGACAAGGAUAUUCUACAGGGUGCCAUGUUUAGAACAUUGCAGGAAGAUAUGUGAUAUGAAAUGGACAUGAUGUGAAACAAAUCAUGUUCUUGCAAU